AGAAGAUUUCCAGUUUGCCAAUCAAACCUUUUUCAAAUUCAUGUUCGUUCGCCAUCCGAUGGACCGAAUGCUGUCCUGCUACCUGGACAAAAUGGUCGACAGUCCUCACCACAGUUUACCUGAUUUCCGGAAUUACGUCAGAAAUAAAGGGCGUCGUAUCGUGAUGAAACGCCGGCGGCGUCGUCGUCAUAAUAACAAGCCCCACCAGCACCACCUUCGGAGUCUGUUGUCGGUGCACGAAAUAAGCGCUUCGUCGAUCUGGAACCGACUCAAAUCCCAAAUUAGUGAAAUUACCCAUCACGAUCGACGACUCGGAAAAGGAUACGACGGCCGAGUGAAUGAUGUGGCGGAAAGAAGAAGGAAAUCAAAAGGAUCUUCACACCGUCACGCCGGACCACCACCACGUCCGCCACAAUUUACUAUCAUCCCCAGCAGCAGUCAACCUGUUGUGAACGCUUCAUCAACUAAGAUCAACGCAACUGCGGAAGCCAAACCCACGUUUGAAGAAUUCCUCGAGUUUGUCUUGGACACGGACUUGUUAGGAAUGGGAUUCGAUUCGCACUGGGUUCCAUUCCAUCGAUAUUGCAGUCCCUGUAGCGUUCCGUAUCACGUUAUUGGCAAGCUGGAAACGGCAGCCGACGAUUUCCAGUACAUCUGGGAAAAAACGGGACUGGGCAAACAAGUUCCCGUUCCGUGGAUGAAUCGGAAGACGGUUCCGUCCAAAUCUAAAAUCGCACUGGAGAAAAAGUAUUAUUCUUCCUUGCCGAGAGAUUUGAUUUUGCGCUUCUACGAUGCCUUCCGGAUGGAUUUCGAGCUCUUCGACUACAGCAUCAACGACAUUCUCGUCAAAGCUGGAUUUGAAGUAAUAACAUGAU